AUGGAACCUUUCCAAGAGCCUGAGGUGAUUGAAGAAUACAGGAUAAGGUUAGGUGUACAAAAUGCAAUGAUUAAUGUGUCAAAGAAGAUCUGGUUAUUCUGGACUGAGGAAUGGCACGCACAAGUUAUAGCUGAUUCAGUGCAGCAUGUUACUUUCAAGCUAUCUCUUGUAAAUCUACAGUAUGAAGCAUAUGUUACUGUUGUCUAUACUAAAUGCAGUGGUGCAGAGAGACAGGAAUUAUGGGACUCAAUUGGACAGGAAAAGUUGGGAGGCCUUCCAGUUCAUCACUCAGAAACUGCUGAAUUUGCUCAUUUUGUUAAUAAUUGUGGUUUGUUGGAGCUGAAAUUCUCUGGGAGCAGAUACACUUGGUGGAAUGGUAUAAUAGAGGAGGAUUUCAUAUUCAAGAGACUUGAUAGAAUUCUGGGCAAUCAGGAGUUCAUGGAUUUAUUCCCAUCAGCUGAAGUUGUUCAUCGGAUUAGACAUAGUUACGAUCGUACUCCCUCUCCAUCUAAUCCUUUCAUUGAGUUGCAUGCUAAAAUGAAAAAGGUAAAGCAGGCCUUGGCAGUAUGGAGUAGGGAAACAUAUGGCAAUAUUUUCCAACAGAUUUCCACUAUGGAGGAUGUCAUCAAAGUGAAGGAGCUACAAUUUGAAUUGAAUCCCUCAAGUCUGAAUAGAGAAGCUUUGCACAAAGCUCAGGCUGAUCUUAAUAGAUAUUUAUGCUUGGAGGAGGAAUACUGGAAACAAAAGUCCGCAUGA